UGGCAUCACAUGUCAUGUCGAAGAAAUGGUAGGGUAAAUUUAAUUAUAUAAUUUGACUCAUUCAAUCACACAUAUAUUAUAUAUUUCUCUAUGAUUUUUAUUUAUGAUUAUUAGAUAUUUCACACUUACUAUAUUUUAUGUAUUUAUUAAUUGUCACGCAUUUGCUUUGCUGGUUUCCCUAUUUUCAAUCACAAAAAAAGAAUGGAGUGUCUUUCUGGUGGGUUCCCACGUUUACUUGUAAUGCAGCAACCUGGUAUUAAAAAAAUAAUAAUAAUAAGAGGUGGAUAGUCCAAAAUAUUAUUCAAUCAUGAUUUUCUUACCUUUAUUUGAUCACUCCUUCCAUAAUAAGGGAGCUUUUUUUUUUUUUUUGAUCGAGUCCUUAAGUAUAAUUUCAUCAUAAAUGAUGAAAUAAUAUUUUUUAAGGUCAAAGAUCUAUCCACACUUAUUAAUCCCUAAGGGGAUUAAUUUUUUUAAUCUUUAAACUUAAAUAAAAUUUGAAGACAUGCCGUUAUUAAAAAAAAAAAAGUGUAUAUAAGGUCAAAGACAUGAAAUAAGAGAUGAACAAAUUUUAAUUCACAUACGUUUGUAUCUGAAGCCCUCUUUGUAGACUUGAAUAAAAAGAAGAGAGUAUCAUUCCACUCUCAUGAUCAUUGGCAUUUGGUAAAACAAUAACAUGCUUUUCUUGUCCUUUCACUAUUCUGUAGACAUUGGUAAUGAGAAACAAUGGGCUGGAUUUGUUUUUUUCUUUUUUUUUUAAUUUUUUAAUUCACCAGGACAAGGCAUCUUUUCAUUAUAUAAUAUUGUGUGAACUGAAGUCUGCUUGUUAUAAUUCAGUUGCUUUCGUGGGAUGGUUGGCCGGUGAUUUUUUUAAAAGGAAAACCAAUUUGUCACACUUCAAACACGAGAACCACACAUUAAUAGUCAAAUUUUAGAUGAUAAAGUUUCUGACACUUUUCCUGGAUUAUCCUUUAGUUUUGAUGAUCUGUUUUGGCCAUUUGCUACUGUCUCUGUUCCAAGUAAACUCUUUCUGCCAAGUUGCAAACAAUUAGAAUCCCAUAGUUUCAGAAUUGUAUUAUCCAUUCACAAAAGCAUGAUGAUUUACAAAAACUCACAUAACUUAACUGUUGAAACAACUAAAAUCUUUUUCUAUUUCUUCGACAGGUUUAGUGUAUAUAACUCUUGCACUAGUUGGUUUUUUUAUAUAAAUAGAUGGCAAAUUAAGAAUAGAAGAAAGGAUGCAUGUAUUGAUAUUAGAAUUUUUUUUUUUUUAAAUCUACGGGAUACCAUUUUUUAUAUGUUAUUGCACUUAUUAUUUUGCUUGGAGCUGACAGACGAUAAGAGUGUGAGCAUAGUUGGGUUGAAAAUGGGCCUUGAAACCAGGCAAUAUAAUAGUAAUAGUAAUAGUCCAUACCUCCAUGGUCAAAUGUUGGGCUAAGAAAUUAUUGAGGCAGCCUGCAUAGACCCCCGUUCAGCUUUUUCAAAGCUGGGUCUACAAGUUCACUUUAGAAGAAAAGCAACUUGAGUUCAUGGCUAAAAUGGCCGACAGAGAUUUAUGCAUUCCCAAUACUUAGGACUUUGGAUUUAGUUUCACAUCAUAGCCCAAUUCUUCAUCUUUAUUGUCAAUCUUGAAAUUUGAAAGGAAAGAAAAAAAAAAUUUAAUAAUAAUUGUCACAAAAUAAAAAAUGAUUAACUAUCGAUCAUUCAAGCAGCCCACUCGUACGAUUGAUUAAUGUCUUUUAUACUCCCGAUAUCUGACCUUAACUCAGUCCCGGUAUAUUUUUUUUAAUUCCAUUUCCAAAAAAAAAAUAAAAAAAUCAAGGGAGCUCCGUCUCCCUAUUCUCUCUGUCUUUACUCUCUCAGUGUUCCAUCCUUAGGGUCAAAUGAGAACUUCUAAUAAAAAUUUUAGUGGCAAUAUCGUUCCCUUGCACAUCAGUCUUUUGCCGUCUCAUAGAUGAAAGGUAAUUGGUUUUCUUGGUAGUCGUUCUGAUACAUUAAGAAAAAAUUGCAGGUUACAUCAGUUGAUCUCCACAGGCAUUUCCAAACCCUUGCAGCGGGAACUAUUGAAGAUGUUCGCGUGCAACGAGAUAAAGGUUUUGGUUUUGUGAGAUACAGUCCACAUACUGAAGCAGCUCUAGCUAUACAGAUGGGAAAUGCUCAAAUCCUAUGUGGUAAACCAAUUAAAGUGCUCAUGGGGUUGCAAACCUACUGCACCAGGAACAAGCUGUACCCGUUUGCCUCCACCAGCUGCUGUACAUAUGCCUGGUCUUUCAGCUGCGGACCUUGCUGCCUAUGAACGACAUACGACAUUAAGUAAAUAUGGUGGCGCACAGGUAACGAGUACGAUGCACCCACAACGUCAGCAUGCCCUUAAGCAGGUGGCCAUGGGAACGGAUGCUGCUGGAGCUAGUCAGGCAAUCUAUGAUGGUGGAUACCAAAAUGUUGCGACAACCCAGUACCUUAUGUUUUACCGAUAAAUGAUGGGAUCCAGCUCCUAUUAACAAGUAAUUGGGGAACUGUGGGAUGCUGUUACUGUUUUCAUUUUCGAAUUUGUUUUUUUUUUUUCUUUGGCUAGACUGCUGAAUCUCACGGUUUUUUACCUUACGCUUGUAUGGAUAGUUCAUUAUUUGAGAAACGUCUAGUCCAUUGUGGUUUAGUUCAGUCAAAGCAAUAUUAUGUCAUAUACU